GUGUAGAUUAGGGUUUCUGUUUCCCCCGGAAAUUUGAACCAAGUAAUGUAACUAACGACUUGUGAUUAUGUUCUUUGUAGUGUUAGCUUAUGAGUGAUCUUUCAGUGAUGAGUCUCCUCGGAAAACUGAAUUCAUCAACAGAAAUUAUUCCUAUCGAGGGUCCAAGUGAAGGAAGGAAAGAUAUGAAAAUGAAGAAGCAGGGACUGAAUCCAUACUUUUCUGAUCCACACAUAAUUGACCGUGUAAAACAGUACCUGGAUGAACACAAUGAUACAAGCUAUAUUGAUAUUGAAACAAUGGCAGAGGCUCUGCAGAAGCGGUACCGUGAAUAUGGAAAAAGAAAGAGAUCAGCUUUUAGAGGAUUGGUUGAAAAAGCUUUUGCUCACAUCCUAAGAAGCUACAAUAUAAGUCCAAGCAAUCAGAUGAUGACUUCAAGUGAAGAAGAAUUCGAUUUUGGUGAAGAUGAGGAACCGGAUGUUAACAGAGUAAAUGAAAGACUGUUGUCACUAUACAUGCGGCCUGAUCUUCUCAAAAAGAGUAUGUCGUCAAAGAGUGAAGACAAAGAACUUAUUAAUAUCAGCAGUGAUGAAGAUGAAAAUAAAGUGGUAAAGAAAGAAAAAGUUCAAGCUAAAAUUAAACAGCAUACUCCAUUUACUGGUAUAACUUUAUCAGCAGUUCCAAAACCCCUUCUGUCUGAUUCUCAGCUGCAAACUGUGUCAAACAUUUUUAAGUCAACAGAAAUUUCAGUUUCACGAAGUGCACAACCUUUGAAGAAAAAUCAAACAUCAGCUGAAUCAAAAAACGUCCGUAUCCAAAAGAAUCAGUCACUUUCUACCAAUCCACAAAAUUCACACAGUAUAGAUAAUACAAGGAAACGUAAGAAUGAAGAGGAAUUAAAAGCGGGGACACCACAGAGGAGAAAACGAGAAUUCACCGUUCAUGAUUCCCAAUACAACUUUUCGAGUUUAGGAGGUAUCGGUAAGGUUCUGGAGGAGGUGUGCAAGUUGCUGGUCCAUAUUCAACAUCCUGAAAUAUACAAACGGAUUGGAGUGACACCACCUCGAGGAUUUCUUCUUCAUGGGCCCCCAGGAUGUGGAAAAACAUUGCUGGCUCAAGCUAUUGCUGGUGAACUGCAGUUGCCGAUGCUGAAAAUAUCUGCUCCAGAGCUUGUUGGUGGAGUCUCUGGAGAGUCUGAAGGACGAAUAAGAGAUUUAUUUGAUCAGGCAGUCAGCCUGUCACCAUGUAUUUUGUUUCUUGAUGAAAUAGAUGCUAUAACUCCACAUCGUCUGACAGCUCAGAGGGAAAUGGAAAGGAGAAUUGUUGCACAGCUCUUGACCUGCCUUGAUGAAUUGAAUCAGAGAGAUGGUGGUUCAGGUGUUCUCGUUAUUGGAGCAACCAACCGACCAGACUCCUUGGACCCUGCUCUUAGACGUGCAGGUAGAUUUGACCGUGAAGUUUGCCUGGGAAUUCCAAAUCAGGAGGCAAGAGCAGAAAUUCUUAAAGUAUUAUGCACAAAUUUGCGCCUUGUGCCAGACUUCAACUUUGAAGAGGUUGCUCGAAACACUCCAGGCUUUGUGGGUGCUGAUUUGAUGGCACUGAUGAGGGAAGCUGCAAUGGUAGCUGUGAACAGAGUAUUCAGCGAGUUGAAAACAAAAGCACAAAUUAAAAAAGACAAGGAGCUUGUCACCAUAGACAGUCCGACAAAAGUGGUGGAAAAUGGAAAAUAUUAUUUGAAAACAAAAACACAAAGUAAACAGGACAAGGAGGUUGUCACCAUAGACAGUCCAUCAAAAGCAAUGGAAAAUGGAAAACAAAAAAAGAAAAAAACAGUCAGUGUUAAAGCUAAAGAUAGUGAUAGUUCUAGCAGUGAAGUCAGUGAAAAAGAAAUUGGCAGUGGGGUGGAAGGUGAUAAAGCUGUAGAUCCUGACAGCAAAAUACAUGAUAUGGUGGCAUUAAAUGCCAGUAAGGAAGGUAUUAGCUCCCCAGAGGAUAAUAUAAAUACAAAGAAGAAUUUGCCUUCAGCGGAUAGUUGUCAGAAGACAUCUGCACCUGUGACAGAAACAGUCCUUCAAAAUGUUACACUUUCAGACCUAGUAGAUUGGCUGCACAACCAGCCUCCACUAACAGGUGAACAACUGAGUGAACUGUACAUACAGCAGUCAGACUUCAAAGAAGCUCUCCGAGCAGUGCAACCAUCAGCUAAACGUGAAGGCUUUGCUACUGUUCCUGAUGUAACCUGGGAUGACGUUGGUUCAUUGAAAGACGUCAGAGAAGAGUUACAACUAGCAAUAUUGGGCCCAGUCCAGUAUGCAAAGGAAUUUGCUGACCUUGGUCUGUCGACACCAACUGGAGUGCUCCUUUGUGGACCACCUGGCUGUGGGAAAACUCUUUUGGCUAAAGCAGUAGCAAAUGAAGCAGGAAUAAAUUUCAUUUCUGUAAAAGGUCCUGAAUUGCUCAAUAUGUAUGUUGGUGAAAGUGAGAGGGCUGUUCGCCAAUGCUUUCAGAGAGCAGCAAAUUCUGCACCAUGUGUCAUAUUCUUCGAUGAAUUAGAUGCUUUGUGCCCCAAAAGAAGUGAUGCGGGUGAAGGUGGCGCUAGUAUGAGGGUUGUUAAUCAGAUGCUCACAGAAAUGGAUGGUGUAGAAAGUCGACGAGGAGUUUUCUUACUGGCAGCUACAAAUAGGCCAGACAUCAUAGAUCCAGCAGUCCUAAGACCUGGCCGUCUUGACAAAAUUGUGUAUGUAGGACUACCAGGUCCACAGGACCGAACAGAUAUACUACGUGCUCUCACCAAGAAUGGAACGAAACCUCGUCUUGCUGAUAAUGUGGAUCUGGAAUCUUUGGGAAAAAGUGACAGAUGUCACAGCUACACCGGUGCAGAUCUUGCUGCCCUUGUCAGAGAGGCUGCAGUUCAGUCUCUCAAGGAUCAUUUGAAACAGCCUGAUGCAGAAGGCAAUCUAGCUGUCACUGCAGAGCAUUUUGCUGUGGCACUUGCAAAAAUACGUCCUUCCAUCUCAGAAAAGGAUCACAAGCAUUAUGAAAAACUAAGGCGGAUGUACACAUCAGUACCGUCAAGUAGAAUAAAAGAAGUGGAAAGUGCGGAUGACACAUUAAAACAUAGCACCUAAUGUUCUACCACAUUAUGAAAGUAAAAACUACAGGCUACCACUUACAUUUAAGUGGAUGAAAUGUACCUUCUUACUCUCCACCUGCACUGGAUGCUGCAUAGCAGAAAUAUCAACCUCAAACAAUUGGAACCCAGCUUUCUGUCACUGAGGACUCAAAUAAAUCCAGAUAACAGAAGUGUCAGAAAACAAGAAGCACGCACACUUUCACACAUUAUGAUAAAUACCAAAAUGUUGCAUGAGAAAGUUCAGACUGAUGUACUGCAGCAGGCAAGAUGUUUACUGUGCAGACAUCCAUAGCAGCUGAGUCUGUCACGUGCAGUACUGUGAUCAACCACAGAAGACAAGUCUUAAGAUGUGCUUUGAAAUAUUAAAGGAAUUGAAAAGAGGUUAAAAUUACAUGUACGCAUAACUGAAGAACAAGUUUUAUAAGGAGCAGUUGUGAUAGGUACACGUAAUUUCAUACCAUUGAUUUUCUUUUUAUUUGUGUGCUUUUGGGGGGGGGGGGGGGGUGAAUGAUGUAAAUGGCUACAUAAGCACGUGUGACAGAGAACUGCAUAUCAUCGUCCAUUGCAUAUAUAUACAUAUUAUUUUCGGAGAGUGUUCUUGUGACCAUGAAUUAGAAGGAAAGUAUAUCAGCCUGGGUCAAACAAGCCUCUACAUAGAGUUAAUAGCCCCUGGCUUGUUUGUACAAUCCUGUCACCAUAAUUCUUCCAUGCAAGCAGAUUUGAAGCAUCUUUAUUAAAUGAAGCCCAUUCAUUUUAAUACCCUCAAGCAUUCUACAUAUAUGACCAACACUGUCAAAUACAUGACGAACAUUUUUAUGAUACUCCAGUUUUCAGUGGAGUGCCAUAAAUCAAAUGCAGGAACAAUUUUCCAAACAAGGAGAAAUUUAGUGGGUUGAAACGAGUAGAGAGAAGUGUCUCUGCCACAGGCAUGGUAAUCGCAAUCUACAUAUCAUCACACAUUACGAACAAAGUGUAUGAACUAGAUCGACAUUAUUAAAAUUUUUUGUUGCAGUAUUUUCAGGAACAGGCCACAUGAAACUCGUCUCAUCACACUGUGUACCCAUGGAUGCAUUAACAUGGCUGAUUCUGACUGUAACAUCAGUUGUGUGCAAACUGUCAUCAGUUUGACUUCCUCAGAUAAACAUCUCAUCUGAGCAAAUGUUUCUUGACAAGGGUUCAUGUAUAUCAACACUGCGUCACAGGAAUUUGAAGGCUGUGUGAUUAUAUAGAAGUUUCUUUUCCUCUUGGUCACAGAAAAACUCUCUUUUUGUUUGUAUAAUUGUAUAGUUUUUGUUAUUUUUGUGUGUGUGUGUGUGUGUGUGUGUGUGUGUGUGUGUGUGUGUGUGUGUAUGUGUGUGUUGUGGGGGAUUUGUCCUCUGCAGUGACUGCAUAUAUGAAAAGUAGUUAUGUUAAGAGGACGGGGCAGAAUUUCUAAAUACAUUUGAUGUAUUGGUUAAGAGAAUGUGUUUAAAAGUAUUAUGAUGGAGGCCAUAUCAGUACUGUAUUGGGUGGCUGCUAUGGAAAACGUAAAUAUGUUUAAGUUUAGAAAUGCAAAGUAGGUAUUUUCUUUUGAAUAUUUUCAUUUUUUCACAUAUCCCAGAUUCAGCUUUCUUAUACCAUUGUGUAUUGAAUGUACUAUUAAAGAAUUUUGUGUGUGUGUGUGUGUGUGUGUGUGUGUGUGUGUGUGUGUGUGUGUGCGCGCGCGCGCACUCGUGCAUCACUCCUAUCCUCUGCCACCCUUGUUCACAUUAAAAGCAUGCUCUGGUGCUCAGAGAUUAAAAUGUGUUCUUUCUUUCUGUAAUGUUGUUAUUGUCAUCACCCUUGUCUCUGCCCUGGUUACUCAUCAACAAUAGUAUAAAAGUAGAUACUUUCAGUGUAUGAAAAUGUUUAAUAUCUCAUAUGAUAUAAUAUUGUUUGUCUUGAGCACCCAUGUUAAUCAUUCUUUAAAUUUAUCUAUGCAUUUCAUCGGCACUUGAGUGUUUGGCAUCUGCCCUGGAUUUUCAUGCAUUUAUUUUAAUUGUUAAUUUGUAUUUGUAAGUUCAAUUUUAUAUGAGACAAAUAAAUUGUACUACAUUUUCUAA